AUGGCUGCAAUUCUCCUCCUCACCAUUGCAUCACUAACCUCACUUUUUGCUCCAACCACCGCUCGAAUCCCCGGAGUUUACACCGGUGGCCCCUGGACAAGUGCCCACGCUACUUUCUACGGCGGCAGCGACGCCUCCGGAACAAUGGGUGGUGCUUGUGGGUACGGAAACUUAUACAGCCAAGGCUAUGGCGUCAACACCGCAGCACUAAGCACAGUACUAUUCAACAAUGGCUUAAGUUGCGGUGCAUGUUUUGAACUCAAGUGUGACCAAGAUCCACGUUGGUGUAACCCUGGAAACCCUUCAAUCUUAAUCACUGCAACAAACUUUUGUCCUCCGAAUUUCGCUGAACCCAGUGACAAUGGUGGCUGGUGUAACCCACCUCGACCACACUUCGAUCUUGCUAUGCCGAUGUUCUUGAAGAUCGCUCAGUACCGCGCCGGAAUCGUCCCCGUCGCUUACCGCCGUGUGCCAUGCAGAAAGAUAGGAGGCAUCAGAUUCACAAUCAACGGUUUCCGUUACUUCAACUUGGUUCUAAUCACCAACGUCGCGGGUGCAGGGGAUAUCGUGCGCGUGAGUGUAAAAGGAACCAACACAGCGUGGAUGACAAUGAGCCGUAACUGGGGGCAAAACUGGCAAUCCAACGCAGUUUUUGUGGGCCAGGCUCUCUCUUUUAGAGUCACCGGCAGUGACCGUCGUACAUCAACGUCAUGGAACGUGGCACCACCUCAUUGGCAGUUCGGACAAACCUUCACAGGAAAGAAUUUCCGCGUCUAA